AUGGCACCUAAGAGCGUAUCAUUUGAUCCUUCUCGGGACAUUCCCCCUCUGAAAGGAAAGGUCAUCCUAGUAACCGGCGGAUGCACUGGCUUGGGCAAGCAGUCGGCUCUGGAACUAGCAAAACACGCCCCAUCACAGGUCUGGGUCACAGGCCGCAAUGCGGAGAGGGCAAUGGCAUCGAUUGCUGAGAUUCAAGCUCACGCACCAAAUGUCGCCAUCCGUUUUCUCGAGCUUGACCUGACCUCAUUCGACUCAACUCUCAAGGCGGCCAACAUCUUCCUCACCUCCGCACCUCGUCUAAACAUCCUUAUGCUCAACGCGGGCAUCAUGGCCGUGCCGCCCGGACAGACCAAGGAGGGUUAUGAGAUUACGUUCGGAACAAAUCAUCUCGGGCAUGCGUUACUUUUCAAGCUCCUCACACCACUCCUCCUCAAGUCCUCCAACAACCCACCGAGAUCUGAUAUCCGGGUCGUGAUUACGAGCUCCAAUGGACACAGGUUUGUUCCUGCGGGUGGUAUCCGAUUCGACUCUUUGGCCACAGAUGGCAGUGGUGUUUCCAUUUCACACCGGUAUGGACAAAGCAAACUUGCGAAUGUUCUUUACGCGCGGGAAAUUUCCAAGAGAUAUCCGCAGCUCAAGGCUGUUUCUGUCCAUCCGGGAACUAUCAAGACGGAUCUCCAUCAGUCGAAUGGGGGUAGUCUACUUAUUCGACUUUUUCAGUCCGUUGUGCUUCCAUUUGUUGGGCAGAGCGUAGAAGAAGGAGUCAAGAAUCAGCUAUGGGCGAGCACGGCGACGGAUAUUGUGAGCGGAGAAUACUAUGAGCCUGUUGGUGUGUCUGGAAAGGGAGGGACUUACUCAGCGAAUGAUGAAUUGGCAAGGAGGUUGUGGGAAUGGACAGAAAGGCAGCUCGAUACCCAUGUAAAAUUAGGAGAAGCCAAGCACAGCGGAUAG